CAAUUCAUUCUUCCGGUUUCACAAAACACUGCGAGUGAAGAGCCCUUUAAAGUCCUGUCGUACUGUUCGAGAAGUAUCGAUACGUUUUGUCCCAUAAAUCAAGAAAAGCUCAGUUGUCAAGUCUCCACUCUCGGGGACUUUGCCUCAGCAGCUGUUCAAGAUGCCACUAAACGAUGAGCGUCCCACCUCCACAUCUACGAUGGCCAGCGAGGACCUGAACAGUGAUACCGAGUCAUCGGAGAGGUGCGACAGUUUGACUUCGUGCAGCGAUGUUGACUAUUCUCGUCAGAGCUUCACCAGCAAUUCUUCCAGCAAACACAACUCACCUUCUUGCAGUCCACCAAAAACCGUAACACUUGAUGAAGUUAUGGAUUCAGCCCGGGACCUUUCUAACCUGUGCCUGGCUCACGAGAUCGUAGUCAACCGCAACUUCCACCUAGAGCCUCCAGAACUACCUCAACACAGCUUGGAGAAGAGGGUAAAAGAUAUGGUGCACAAAGCCUUCUGGGAUUGCCUUGAAUCAGAGCUGAACGAAGACCCGCCUGAGUACGACUAUGCCAUCAAACUUCUAGAAGAGAUCAGAGAUACCCUGCUGUCCUUCCUCAACCCUGGGGCUAACCGCCUGCGUACUCAGAUUAUAGAGGUUCUGGACAUGGACCUGAUACGCCAGCAGGCUGACAACAAUGCGGUUGAUAUCCAGGGCCUUGCUUCGUACAUCAUCAAUACUAUGGGAAAGUUUUGCGCGCCUGUUCGAGACGAUGACAUCAAGAAACUCAAGGAGAACUCUGGCGACAUUGUGAAUCGGUUAAAGGAGAUCUUCCGGGUUUUGGAUCUGAUGAAAAUGGACAUGGUGAAUUUUACCAUCCAGAGCUUCAGGCCAGAACUUCAGAAGCAUUCAGUGGAGUAUGAAAGAGAAAAAUUCCAAAGCAUUCUGGAAAAAACUCCCAGUGCUUUGGAUCACACAACUGAAUGGAUCAAAGCAUCAAUAGAGGAGGCCACUCGACUCAUGCCACCAGCAGAAAAGAGCAGCGAUACGAAGCAGGGUAGCAGGUCCUUACCAGGGCCUGAGCUUGUUUUAAAUACUGCCUACUUAAAACUGCUCGCCUGGGAUGAGAGCAAGGGCCCACUGCCUGAGACCCUGGUGACAGAUGAAGUGAGAUUGCAGGAAAUGCAACGCUCGCUUCAGCUCUACCAAACUGUUGCAUCUGUUCUGCUGAUAGUCUGCAGCUCGAUAGGAGGGGCCGUCUCAGGCCUGCCGGCUCUUGUCGAGAAACUUAAAAAGAUGACAGCGGUACUGCUGGAGGGAAUGCAUAGCACAGACUUUAACAUGACCGAAUCUCUCGGAAAUGUCAGCGUUCAUAUCUGCUCCGAGGUCAAUAAGUCUCUGGAAGAAAGAAAUUUCCCACUUCUUCCCGCUGAACUGCAAGCUAUUCUGAAAGGCCAGAUCUGUGACAUCACACAGGAGAAUAACCCAAUACGUACUCUUGUUGAGGGGAGAGCUCAGCAGUACUUUAGGAUACUCCUCACCUCUUCCAGCUCACACAGGACCCUUCCUCCCGUCCCACCAGGGUUGGGCCUGAUUCAACCGGAGCUCAUGGCCCUAGGGAUCAGUUUUGUCAACCUUGUCAACUACAACAAAAAGGUUUAUACUCCUUUCUACGUCAGUAUCCUGAAGACGCUGCUUUUCGACAAUCAAGCGCCAGGGGCCACUCCUCAAAUCACACAGGGGGCUCCCACCACCCCACUGGAAUCCAAAUGAACAGGGAUUGUGGUUGUGCUGUCAACAUCACCAGACAUAUUAUUUGUGUAUUUAGUGAAAUAAUAAUAAUAAAAUAGAGAAUCAUCUAAGUUUCAGAUGACUGAUUCUGCAGAUUUAUUCACUGCAGUACAACAGAGACUGAAGAACAACUGUAUCCUAGGGUGCUUAAUAUGGAAAGAGAAUUUGAGAUGUUACGAAGAAAUGUGUGUUAAAGGACACCUAUUAUGCAAAAUCCACUUUUACAAGGUGUUUGGACAUCGUUUUGCCAGCCAGCGUACAAUUAAAAAAAUCAACUCAUUCAAUUUAAUCCCCAUUAAACCAAAGCAGUCUUAUUAGACAUGCUGUUUUGAUUCUCUUAUCAAUGUGACAUCAGACUGAUAAAGCCCCGCCCACAGCUACUGACUGACAGUCCCUCAAGUUUCAACCCUCAGCGAGUUGUAUCUUUUGGUAAGGGAGUGAGGAGCAGUAGCUCAUUUUUAAAAGGUACACACACCAAAUAGGGGACAUGCUAUAAAAAUGAUCUGUGGGGUAUUUUUAGCUAAAACUUCACACACACUCUGCACACUUGAGACUUAUAUUACAUCUUGUAAAACUGGGCAUAAUAGGUGCCCUUUAAAUGAAACUAUGUUCCUUGCCAAGUAUUUUUUAGCAUCUCUUCACUUGUGGUUCUCACUUUACAGUGUUACUGCAAUACAGUAGUUUUUACAUACACAUUGACAAAUAAUGUUUUUGUGCAAAGCAAAAAAAGUUUUGUGUAAUUAAAAUAAUAGAGCCAGAAUAGGCUAAUAUAUUUAAAAAGACAAAAGGGUCAUUUAAGAGUACUUGUAUUUGUUAUAUUCACUUAGAUAUAUCGGUGUAUGUUUUCUCAUGUCAAUUUUCCAACCUUAUACAUACAUAGAUUUCAUCAGAGCAUUUGUAAAAUAAGAUUUGUUUGUUUUACAUUUAAAAGUAUUGUGUUUCAAUUCUUAACUGUAUUUAUACUUGAAAAUCUAAAAAAAAUAACAUUUUUUGAAAUGAAAAUAACUUGAAAUUACAUGAAGAUGAAACAAGCAGGACUCUGGAUUACUGAGGGAAAAUAAAAUUAGGCUAAAUUCGAUUUUGGUUCUGGUAAUGUCAUUUUUACGUUUAACUGCAUGUUUUGCUUUUAAUCUAGUUUUUAUGACGUUUGUAUUUCACUGUGUUUUGGUUACAGGCAUGUUUGUUUAUUGCUUUUUUAUGAUAAAUGGAGGGAUAAAUAUGUUAUUGUGGUAUUUAGAAUUCCGUUGAUACAGUUUUAGCUAUUAUGAAACUGCAUAAUUGUUACCUUUGUUGAAGAAAUUAUUUUGUUGUUUUUUUGUUGCCAUCUUUACAUAUAAAUGGGUCAACAAUAAGUUGUUGUUUUACCCCUGACAAACUUUCAUGUUUUUUUUUUCAUUUUGCAAUGUAUGUAUUCUUUGUUAAAUGUAAAGACCCUUGCAAGAACAAAAAUGUGUUUUUUGUGUGACACACUGAAAAAAAUAAAA